CUCGUCAUCCGACCGAUACUCUCCGAGAGAGAUACGCCACCUGGACUAUGUCUCACAGUUUACGUCAGACAUACGGCACGUCUCGGGUGUGCAGAACUCCGUCGCUGAUGCUCUUUCUCGCGUCAGCUCCAUCACGUCCGCUGAAGGUAUCGAUCUAACGGCAAUGGCUGCUGCUCAACAGACCGACCCAGAGCUGGAUCAGCUUCGUAAUUCUAGCUCCUUGCGCAUACGACCAGUUCCACUGCCUACUUCGGAUGGAACCAUACUUUGCGACGUUUCGCAAAAUUCACCACGACCAGUGGUUCCCCAAGCUUUCCGACGCACUGUGUUUGACAUUCUUCACAGUUUAUCACAUCCAGGCAUUCGUGCCACAGUUAAGCUCGUCACACAACGCUUCGUGUGGCGCAACGUCAACCGGGACGUUAGACAGUGGGCUCGUACGUGCCUUAGUUGCCAACAGUCUAAGGUUCAUCGACACACGAAAAGUCCGCUUGGUUCAUUUCCACUUCCUGAUGCCCGUUUUCACCAUAUUCAUGUUGACCUUGUUGGGCCACUGCCCCCAUCUAAUGGAUGCGCUUACUUGCUGACUUGUAUAGACCGCUUUACAAGAUGGCCUGAUGCCAUCCCAAUGCCAGAUUGCUCAUCAGACACUGUCGCUCGCGCUUUUCUAGAGCGCUGGGUCUCACACUUUGGUUGUCCUGCCGUUGUGACAACUGAUCGAGGUUCGCACUUCGCAGGCACAUUUGCUCACCUUCUUCAGACCCUCGGCUGCCGUCACGUCCAAACGACUGCAUUCCACCCUGCCGCCAACGGCAUGGUUGAGCGUUUUCACCGCCAGCUGAAAGCUGCACUAUGUGCACAUGAUAACGCAGACUGGUACGAAGCGCUUCCCACCGUUUUACUUGGCUUACGAAAUACUGUCAAAACCGACAUUAACGCUGCUCCGGCCGAACUCGUUUAUGGCUGCACAUUGCGUCUCCCUGGACAAUUAGUCGCCCCAACCCCGGAGAGGGCAUGGAACUACAAGAGCUACAUAGCUCGUCUGACGCACCACAUGCGUCAGCUGCAUCCCGCGAGACCCAGGGAACAACGCACUCCAGUGCACGUUCCGAAAGACCUUUCUACAUGUUCUCACGUAUUCUUACGUGUCGACCAAGUGAGACAGCCUCUCUCCGCACCUUACACAGGUCCAUACCGUGUUAUUAAACGGUCUUCAAAAACUUUGGUGAUUGACCGUGGGGGUAAAAGGGAUACUGUCUCGAUAGAUCGCGUCAAGCCUGCGUUCAUCGAUGAACAACAGUUUGUUCCAUCAUCGACCUUAACGCAAUCUACAGAGCCACCUGUAACGACGCCCAGCUUUUCAGCUCCACCACAAUCCCAGUCACCAGAUUCGCCUCAAACUAAUACCAGUCACGGUAGAAGAGUUCGUAAACCUGUUCGUUUCUCCGAUUUUGUCGAAUUCAUCCACACCUCAUGAAUCUUUUUCAUUUUCUCUCGUUGUUUGUAUUAUGCUUUUCCGUAAAUAUCUGAAUCUGUCUCCCCGAGUUUUUUUCCCCUAUCUAUCAGGUAAAGUCAUGAGGCUGGCACGUUUGGGUCCGUCCGUUCAAUGGUUGGCUGUUUCUCAAUUGUUUGGUCGUUUGGAUGCUUUGGUCUACCCCCAACGCUUUGUCGUCUCGCCCGCCCACGUUGGCCUUUGGAUCGUGGUCUGCUUGGCUCAAUUUGGCUCGCCUUGGUCGUUUGUCUGGCUCGCCUUCCUGGCUUUGGCUGCUCGUGUGCCUGGCUCGUUGUUUUUGGCCCCCCACGGCUCGCCAGUACGAACAGGAUUUCAGCUUCGUUGUGGCAGUGGAUUGGAAUGCGGUGGGGGGAGUGACCUCUCCCAAGCGCACCGUCUUUCAGCAGCGGUGAAAGGUCCUACCGGCCCUUUUUCUGGAUUAUCCAGUUUUUUUGUAGUCCGGUGUGCCCGCUGGGACGGCCCACCGAUGAUGCAUUCCAAUCCACAAGAAGAUUAAAUAAUCCAAAUACAACCGAACUCCUGUGAUUCUGCCUUUAUACAUCUGCAAGCCAACAGCGAUCGAAGUCCUCGUCCCUCGGCCUUCUAGGGGGAGGCCUGUGUAGUGACCAUGACAUUUUACUCCAUCAAACAUCACAUUCAGACUUGUACACAUUUUGUUUUACUUUGCACCCAUCCAAAGCCUAUAUAUACUGGACUGCAAUUUUGAACCAGGUCCGCCAUCUUGCCCGCGCGUUGCCGGCUGUUGCGCUCCUACGUGGUGUUACUCAUUGCUUCACCAUUUUCUCCCAUUGUCCUCAAGCUAUAUUCACAUAGCUAUUGUACAUAGCUAUUUUCUCAAGACAAUCUUUAUAUCCCGCCGUCUUCUGUCUUACCGGGCUACGGUUUUCUUGUGUAGCAUUCGUCAAGGCGCUACAUAAUUGGUGACCCCAAUCGCAUUCCGGUGAGUUCGUUCCAUUUUUUUGGUUUUUUCCACGCAAAUCAUGGCCUCAGUUUCUAAAAAGUGUGAGGACUCACAGUCUGUGCAAGCGGUAUCUCUGGUAGUUCCACCAUUUAUUGAAAAAGAUCCCGUUUUAUGGUUCAUGAUUUUAGAAGCUGAGUUUACUUCUAAGCAUGUCACUAGCGAUUCUGCAAAGUUUAACCACUUGCUCACACGCCUGCCAACUGAUAUUACUAUAGCGCUACGCGAUCUUAUUAUUACAUGUCGUUCUCCCGACCGUUAUACUUUGCUCAAGAACGCUGUAAUAAAGCGUGUUACUCCCUCAGAGAAGUCCCGCUUGCAUAAACUUUUUACUGGUCUACAGCUAGGUUCUAGUAAGCCAUCCGCGCUAUUGCUAGAGAUGCGUGGUCUUCUUCAAGGACUGCAUAUGGACGAGUCGCUGCUUCGAGAGUUAUGGCUUCAGCGUUUGCCUGAAAACGUACAAGCUAUGCUAUCGCUUGCGAAAUCGCAGCCUUUGUCAGAAGUUGCAGAUAUUGCUGAUGAUAUGAUGGAUCGCUUCACCGGACCACCGUGUCCGUCGUCUAGUUCUCUUCGCUCACCUGACGUAGAUUUCACUGUUGACCCUUCG